GUUCAACAUAAAAGUGCAAUUGCAGAUUGUAGCAAGCUUCAUGCUCACUGGUGUUUCUGGAGGUGCAAAGUAUGCCCAAAAUGGACAACUUUUUGGCCGCUUUAAGCUCACUGAAACGCUUUCGGAAGACACUUUGGCUGGACGGCUGGUGAUGACCAAAGUCAAUGCUGUUUAUUUAUUGCCUGUCACUAAAGAGAAGUCAGCACAGACCCAAGGAACCAAAGAGAAGGUUUAUGAAGCAGCUAUUGAGGAGAAAACAAAGGAUUAUAUCUUCUUGAGGGUAUCCAGGGAAUGCUGUGAAGAACUUAAUCUUCGAGCAGAUUGUGAAAUGCAGGUUGAACUUCAGUUUCAGUUAAAUCGCUUACCCCUCUGUGAAAUGCAUUAUGCCUUGGACAGGAUUAAGGACAACAAUAUUUUGUUUCCAGAUGUCAGCAUGACUCCCACCAUACCCUGGAGUCCCAACAGACAAUGGGAUGAGCAGUUGGACCCUCGACUAAAUGCGAAGCAGAAAGAGGCUGUUCUGGCUAUCACUACUCCACUUUCAAUACAACUGCCUCCUGUUCUUAUCAUCGGUCCCUAUGGGACAGGAAAAACGUUCACUCUGGCUCAGGCAGUCAAGCACAUACUCCAACAACAGGAUACUAGCAGGAUUCUCAUUUGCACCCAUUCUAAUAGUGCUGCUGAUCUCUACAUAAAGGAUUAUUUACAUCCAUAUGUAGAAGCAGGCAAUCCCCAGGCAAGACCUCUCAGGGUAUAUUUCAGAAAUCGCUGGGUAAAGACUGUCCACCCAGUUGUGCAUCAGUACUGUUUGAUUUCAAGCACACAUUCCACCUUUCAGAUGCCACAGAAAGAAGACAUUCUUAAGCAACGAGUAGUAGUUGUUACUUUAAAUACAUCACAGUAUCUAUGUCAACUGGAUCUUGAACCAGGUUUUUUUACACACAUUCUGUUAGAUGAAGCUGCGCAAGCCAUGGAGUGUGAAACUAUUAUGCCUCUAGCAUUAGCGAAUAAAAACACAAGAAUUGUCUUGGCUGGAGACCACAUGCAGCUCAGUCCUUUUGUCUACAGUGAAUUUGCCAGGGAAAGAAACCUUCAUGUUUCAUUGCUUGAUCGGCUCUAUGAGCACUACCCUGCAGAAUUUCCGUGCAGGAUCUUGCUGUGUGAGAACUAUCGCUCCCAUGAAGCUAUCAUCAAUUAUACAUCUGAACUUUUCUAUGAAGGCAAAUUGAUGGCAAGUGGAAAGCAGCCAGCACACAAAGAUUUCUACCCUUUAACUUUCUUCACAGCACGUGGAGAAGAUGUGCAGGAAAAAAAUAGCACAGCUUUUUACAAUAAUGCAGAGGUGUUUGAAGUAGUAGAGCGUGUUGAAGAAUUAAGAAGAAAGUGGCCUGUUGCCUGGGGCAAAUUGGAUGAUGGCAGUAUAGGUGUCGUAACACCUUAUGCUGAUCAAGUGUUCAGAAUUCGGGCUGAGCUUCGGAAAAAAAGACUGUCUGAUGUCAGUGUAGAGAGAGUGCUCAAUGUUCAGGGAAAACAGUUCAGAGUUUUGUUUCUCAGCACAGUACGAACACGGCAUACGUGCAAACAUAAGCAAACACCAAUUAAAAGGAAAGAACAGUUACUGGAGGAUUCAACAGAAGACUUGGAUUAUGGUUUUCUGUCUAAUUACAAACUUCUCAACACUGCCAUUACAAGAGCACAAUCCCUGGUAGCUGUGGUGGGAGAUCCUAUUGCUUUGUGUUCCAUUGGAAGAUGCAGGAAAUUUUGGGAAAGGUUUAUUGCCCUAUGUCAUGAGAAUGAAAGUCUCCACGGUAUAACGUUUGAACAGAUCAAAGCUCAGCUGGAAGCUUUGGAGUUAAAGAAAACUUAUGUGUUGAACCCACUGGCUCCCGAGUUUAUCCCCCGAGCUCUUCGGCAUCAACAUUCAGCAAAUACCACCAAACAGCAGCAAUCACCACCAAAGGGCAAGGUCCAUCAUCAUAGUCAGAAUGACCAUUUCCCACCUGAUGGGAUUGUUCAGCCCAAUCCUUCUGUUCUAAUUGGAAAUCCUAUCCGAGCAUAUACUCCUCCCCCUCCUCCUCUGGGACCUCACCCCAAUCUGGGGAAAUCUCCAAGUCCUGUUCAAAGGAUAGAUCCACACACUGGGACAAGUAUUCUAUAUGUACCUGCUGUCUAUGGAGGAAAUAUGGUCAUGUCUGUGCCUUUGCCUGUGCCAUGGACGGGGUAUCAGGGUAGGUUUGCAGUUGACCCUCGAAUCAUUACUCAUCAAGCAGCUAUGGCAUAUAAUAUGAACCUGUUACAGGCACAUGGGCGUGGGUCUCCUAUACCUUAUGGCCUGGGACAUCACUCACCAGUUAGCAUAGGACAGCAGCAGCAGCUUACGCAUCAGGACAAGGAGCAACAUGAACAAAGUCGAAAUGGUAAAAGUGAAAGCACUGCUGGACCUGAAAUCACUAAAAUUCGAACACCUGAGAAGAAAGCUGUGGAAUCCAAGCAGGUUGACUUAGAAGCAAAUUCUCAGAAUAGAAGCCCAGAGUCACGUUCCAGUGUUGGUUAUCCUAAUGCUAAAUUUCAUCGCAAAGAUAAUCUUAACCCCAGGCAGCUGAAUCUACAUCUCACCCCGCCCCACUCCCAGUAUGCAGUUCCCAACCGCCACUUCCAGCACCUGUCACAGAUACCAAGGCAGCCAUAUCCUCUGCAACAGCAGCAAAACCUUUUAAGUCAACAACAAAACCAUUUGCCUGAACAACAAAACCAAAUGCCACCCCAGCAAAGCCAGGUAGUUCAGCAGCAUAACCAUUUGAAUCAGCAGCCUCUACAAACUUCACAGCUUUCCCCUGCUUACCAGGCAGGGCCCAGCCAAUCUUUUUUUAAUAAUCCAAUUCCCCACCGACCACAUUCUCCUGCUGUAGAUGCUGUGAUUUCAGAACAACACCCCCCACCUAUGUUACAAGAAGUCAGUAAUCCAAUGAGGCCUAUUGCACAGCACAACCCUGUUCUGCCAACCCACUUGAACAGCUUCAUUGAAGAGAAUCCACCAGGAGUGCCCUUAGGGGACACUUUAGAUCGUAUGCAUGGAAAUGUAGCUUUGGAAACAAUAAGGCAGCAACAACAAGCCAGGUUACAGCAGUGGAAUGAACAUAAUGCCUAUCUCAGUCAAGGCACUAUUCCAUAUCAACACCAUCACCAUCCUCAUCUACCACAUCUUCCUCAGCAACCAGUUGGAUUGCAUCAGCCGCAGCAAGUUAGGGCAAACUGGAAACUUGCCAGUAACACAGAAGAUGAAACAGAGGCAACAUAUUCAAGAUUCCAGGAUUUGCUCAGAGAACUGUCACACCGUGAUCAAAGUGAAAGUCGGGACUUAGCUGAAAUGCCACCCCCUCAGUCGAGACUGUUGCAAUACCGACAAGUUCAGCCCAGAAGCCCACCAGCACUCCCUUCUCCUUCCUGCAACUCUAACCACAGCGGUCACUUUCCUAACUUCACUGAAAACAACAGAGACAUUGAAAUACCCAAUAACCCAGCAUUUCAGCAGCAUUUACCCCAAAUAUACAAUCCUCCUUUCUCAAUGCCAUCUGAACAUAUAACCCCAUCUCCCUUGAAAUACCUGCAACCUGAUGGAUCAUGGACUUACGCUAACCUACAGCAGAAUCACCUUAUGGGGCAGGGCUUUCAUUACGGUAUACCUCCAUUGCCCCAUAGGUCGCAACAAAACCCUUUUAUACAAAUACAGAAUCAUCAGCACGCAGUCGGUCAGGAGCCAUUUCAUCCACUCACAUCUCGAGCAGUAUCUGCUUCUUCGCUCCACAGCUUAGAAGAGUAUGAACCAAGAGGACCAGGCAGGCCGUUGUACCAAAGAAGAAUUUCCUCUAGUUCAGUCCAGGCUUGUUCUGAAGAAUUAAGCACUCCUCAAGACAGUCUUGGUCAGUGUAAAGAGCUUCAGGACCACAAUAACCAGUCAUCUUUCAACUAUUCAUCACCUGAGUUGUGGGUAAACUCCUCCUCAUCUGCCCCAUACCCAAACAUUCCAUGCAACGGAGCCAACAGAGCCGUUCCACCCCGGGAGUUGUUAGCUCCACCGAAGACGGUCAAGCCCCCAGAAGAACACCUGAAGGCCGAGAACAUCCAGCUCUCCAAUUCCUUCAACUACAGCGUGCUACAACACCUCGGCCAGUUCCCACCUCUCAUGCCCAACAAGCAGAUCGUGGAGUCGAACAGCAACAGCCAGCAGAACGCUGGUGGGAGCAAGCCUGUCAUGUCCUACGCAAGUGCUCUGCGGGCUCCGCCAAAGCCCAAACCUCCUCCUGAGCAGACAAAAAAGAAUAGCGACCCUUUGUCUUUGUUUCAGGAACUUAGCCUAGGUAGUUCAUCAGGUAGCAAUGGCUUUUACUCCUAUUUUAAAUAAUCAGAUUAUUUUUUUUAGAGAGAAUUUAAUUUUUAUUUGUGUCAGUAGAUCUAAGAUAGUUGGGGCUUCACCUGUAGUUGCAAAUAUUCCCUUUGUUUAUAUUAGUAAAUAUAUCCUCACUUAAUUGCUUUGCUGCUAGACUUGCAACUAAUUUUUUUUUUAAUUAUAUUCCAUUAUUUUGCAUUUUUUGAUGUGGGUCGGUUUUUUGGAAGCUUUUAUGUAGGAAAACACACACACGUUAUUUUUUAAUUUGUGUAAUGUUAAUGAUAUGUUGCAUUAAACUAGCAGCUGAGAGGUUACCUGUACAAUUUUAAAAAAGGAAAAAAAAAAGGAAAAAAGAAAAAAAUAAUAAAAAAAGUUUGUCUAAAUUGUAUUUAAGAAGAUUGUAAGUAGCAUUUACAUUUAUUCAAUAACAUUAGCAUACUAUGCUGGGUUUCUGUACCAGAAAUGGCCAGUUAAUGUAAAAAUGUAUGUUAUUUCUGCUUAAAUUCAUUUAAUUUUUUUUUUUUUUAAAUAAAGGUGCAGCAUCUUCUAAAUACUUUCAGUUUUAUCAGCUUUUUUGUGAAGGGAUGCUGCAUUCUCAGACUUUUAUAGUUUUAGAUUCUGUAUGAUGUGGUAUUGUAUUUUCCAUCCACUGUAGGGUAAAGGCAUUCUUUGCAGACACCUAUGCCAUUGUUUGGAAACAUUCAGAUAAAAAGUAUUGGUAUACUUUAAAAAAAAGAAUAAAAAAACCCAAAAAAAACCCCAACAAAAAAAAAAGAAAAACACAAACAAAAAAACUCUACAUUUUAUUUUUGGACAAGCUAGUAAUAUAAGCUUGUUUGAAAAGUUAAUUUGAUAGGUUUUUUAAAUGAAUCAUGAAGCUGAAAAUAAAUUUUUAGGUAUGUUGGUGCUUAGUAGAUUUAAUAACUAUUUUAAAAAAAAUGCGUGAAUUUAGUAAAAUACUUUUUUUGUUUGUUUGUUUAUUUUUUCCACUAUGCAUGUGUAAAUGUUUGUAUUCUGGCUUUUUCCUCCCCUCCUUCUCCAGUGGUAUAAAGAAUUGUGCCGCUUUAAUUUUUUUUUUUUUUUUCCGGUAAAACUUUUGGUACAUUAUUUGAUGUUUACAUUAAAAUGUGACAUUAUACAAGGAAAUUCAGAUAUUUUGCUAACUGUUUUGUUUGAGGAACAUCAUUAAAGAAGAGAUUUAAUGUUUGUCAAAACUGUAU